UUCAGUGCGCACGCGCUAGUCCCUUAGCUGUAGGAAGUUCACUGGGCGAGGUUUUUGCGUCAUUUUUAGGCGCGCGUGCCGUCUUUAUUUUUUUUUUAAUCUUUCUAUCAAUCGUUUAGCGAACCUGCGUCGAGCGUUAUUCUCCGCGGACUUUAAACGCAACAUGGCUUUGGUAUCAGCUGAUUCAAGAAUUGCUGAACUCCUAGGAGAAUUGCACCAGCUUAUCAAACAGACCCAGGAGGAACGAUCAAGAAGUGAACAUAAUCUUGUGAAUAUCCAGAAAACACAUGAACGGAUGCAGACAGAGAACAAGAUCUCUCCGUAUUAUCGGACAAAAUUACGUGGCCUCUAUACAACAGCUAAGGCUGAUGCAGAAGCUGAAUGCAACAUCCUGCGCAAGGACUUGGACAAGAUUGCUGAGAUAAAGUCUCUUCUGGAAGAACGGCGAAUUGCUGCCAAGAUUGCUGGCAUCUACAAUGACUCUGAGCCGCCACGCAAAACCAUGCGCCGUGGAGUGCUGAUGACUCUUCUCCAGCAGAGCGCCAUGACUCUCCCAUUGUGGAUUGGGAAGCCUGGAGAAAAGCCGCCUCCCCUUUGUGGUGCCAUCCCUGCCUCUAGUGAUUAUGUGGCCAAACCAGGCGAUAAAGUGGCAGCUCGUGUCAAAGCUGUUGAUGGGGAUGAGCAGUGGAUCUUGGCUGAGGCUGUGAGCUACAAUCAUGCCACCAACAAAUAUGAGGUGGAUGACAUUGAUGAAGAAGGAAAAGAGCGUCAUACCCUGAGCCGACGUCGCAUCAUCCCUCUGCCUCAGUGGAAGGCCAAUCCUGAAACAGACCCCGAGGCCUUGUUCCAGAAGGACCAGUUGGUCCUGGCCUUGUACCCACAAACCACCUGCUUCUACCGAGCCCUUAUUCACGCUCCACCUCAACGGCCCCAAGAUGACUACUCGGUCCUCUUUGAAGAUACCAGCUAUGCAGAUGGCUACUCUCCCCCACUCAAUGUAGCUCAGCGCUACGUUGUGGCUUGCAAAGAAACAAAGAAGAAGUGACGUCGUCCUGCAGCUGCAACUUGGUGAGGAACUAUCCCAGUCAACUUCUGCAGAGGGACAGUGAAUGAAGCAGGAAGCAACAGAAACCCAACAAGAGCAGGAGUCUAAUUUAUUAACCUAAGAAGAUUGCAUUCCAACACAACACAGGUGGAGAAAUAGCUAUAUGAUUACUUCCAAAAGUUAACUACUAUGGCAGGAGUGGAUAGUUGCUUUGGAAGUGGCCAACUAUGAUUCUUUGAGUAAAGAACAGACAAUUGUU